GCCCAGAGUGAAGCAAUGUCCAACAGCAGCUCCAUCAGCCACUUCCUCCUGCUGCCAUUGGCAGACACGCGGCAGCUGCAGCUCCUGCACUUCUGCCUCUUCCUGGCCAUCUCCCUGGCUGCCCUCCUGGCCAACGGCCUCAUCAUCAGCGCCGUAGCCUGCGGCCACCUCCUGCACAGCCCCAUGUUCUUCUUCCUGCUCAACCUGGCCCUCAGCGACCUGGGCUCCAUCCUCACCACUGUCCCCAAAGCCAUGCACAAUUCCCUCUGGGACACCAGGAACAUCUCCUAUGAAGGAUGUGCUGCACAGGUCUUUCUGAUUUUCUUCUUCCUUGGGUCAGAGUUUUCCUUCCUGACCGUGAUGUGCUACGACCGCUACGUGUCCAUCUGCAAACCCCUGCACUACGGGACCCUCCUGGGCAGCAGAGCUUGUGCCCACAUGGCAGCAGCUGCCUGGGCCAGUGCCUUUCUCCAUGCUCUGCUGCACACAGCCAAUACAUUUUCCCUGCCCCUGUGCCAUGGCAAUGCCCUGGGCCAGUUCUUCUGUGAAAUCCCACACAUCCUCAAGCUCUCCUGCUCCAAAUCCUACCUCAGGGAACUUGGGCUCAUUGCUGUUAGUGUGUGUUUAUAUCUUGGGUGUUUUGUGUUCAAUGUUUUCUCUUAUGUGCAGAUCUUCAGGGCUGUGCUGAGAAUCCCCUCUGAGCAGGGACGGCACAAAGCCUUUUCCACCUGUCUCCCUCACCUGGCCGUGGUCUCUCUCUUCCUCAGCACUGGCACAUUUGCCUACCUGAAGCCACCCUCCAUCUCCUCCCCAUCGCUGGAUCUCUUGGUGUCAGUCCUGUACUCGGUGGUGCCUCCAGUCCUGAACCCUCUCAUCUACAGCCUGAGGAACCAGGAGCUCAAGGCUGCAGUGUGGAGAUUGAUCACUGGAUCAUUUCAGAAACAUUAAACUGCUGGCCAGUUUCUGCAAUCUGUUGCAAUACAAUACAUAUUUUUAGCAGUUGUUGAUUUGGUUUUGGGUU